AUGGCGUUAUCGAUACAAUUCUGGACAAACUACACAGCUGAAAAACCGAAGUUGAUGAGAAAGUCGGAGAAUGCCGUCUUGAGCAAUCAUGUGCUCAAGUUUCUGUAUGACCCUGAAACCAAAAUGGUGCAUUCGGUGGUACAAGCAUCCAUGAAAAAUAGGUCGUACAAAGUCACGGCAAUUCUUGGAGAUUCCUAUGAAGUUACUAGCACAUCAUGUGAAUGCCCCUUGGGAAACUAUGCAUGCCAUCAUGUUGCUUCUGCAUUGCUAUAUGGUGUUUGGGAGAAGCAUUUUUGUUUUAAAAUAAACUACUUUGAAAAAUUUUCAGCUUUGAAAUGGAUUCUUGAACCAGAACCCUGUGAACCAGGCCCUCCUGUUCCUGUCAUUGAGGACUUAUUAACAUCCCCAGAGUUUGUUCACUCUGAUGCCCCUAUGGUAUGGUUGCGAUGUACUUUGAUUUUAUCAGAGGAUGCCAUCAAAAGCGCAGUAUUAGCAACGAAAGGGCAAAGAAACAAUCCAAUGUGGUCUGUUGUCAGGAAAUACCGAAUCACAGCCUCCAACUUUGGUGCAGUUCUUAGUUCUAAGCGCAGAAGAAUUACAUUGUCAUUGAAGAAACGACUUAUGUCUGCAUACAACCUGGAGUCCAUCAGAGCUGUUGAUUGGAGUAUAACUCAUGAGGAUGAUGCUUUGAAGAAGUAUGAGAAAGACUUUGGUGCAGUUGUAGAGCAAUCAGGAAUUUGGCUGUAUGAAUCUGGAGUGCUGGGGGCUUCACCAGAUGGUUUAAUUGUACGACCACCACCACCAACAUGCAGUGUGCAUUAUCAGACUCCAGAAGCUAAGGAUGCCAUCCCUGAUAUUGUAGAGGUGAAGUGUCCAUUCUCGGCAUCAUCAAUAAUGGUAGCCGAAGCAACACAACAUCUGAAGAAUUUCUUCUUAGAUGUUAAAGGAGAUUCUUUGUGCUCGAAAACCAGUCACCCAUACUACCACCAAAUUCAAGGGCAGCUGCACAUGUGUAACAAAACAUGCUGUGACUUGAUUGUGUGGACAACAGUGGACUGUGUUGUGAUCAGAAUUGUUAGAGACUCUGAAUGGACUGUAAAUGUUGCAAAUCUAGUAGAUUUCUACUUUAACCCUUUCUCUACCGGCACAUUUUAAAGGUUUUUAAAGACUAAAUGACAAUAUUUUUACAUCGAAUAAAAUCUGCAUGUAUCACGAUUUGGGAUAGGCAUAUGACAUAUAAUUUUGUUAGGAAUUGGACAGGGAAUAAUUUCUUAUAAAGUUUGUCAAGGUAUCCCAUGACCUCAAAGAGAUCUACGGGGUCAAAGGUCAUAUAAGUGCACAUUUUUUGCAAUUUUUUUCUCUGAAAUAUAUAUAUUACGACCCCUCUCACUGGAUUAGAGUCAAAAAUAGGAAAUUCUAAAUGUAUGAGCUGAUGUGCCUUUGAAAAUACUACAAAAGCAUCACAAUCAAAUAAAUCAAUUUUAUUGACAAACAAAUAUUUUUGGUUGCUAAGUAACAACACUCAGAGU